AUGGCGCGCAAAGGAGGACGCAGAGUGGUGGCCCCAGAAAUAGACGCCCGGAUGAACUCAAUAAACGAUGUCCAAGAAAUGCGCGUCCAGACCAACGCGCUGCUGCGCAAAGAUCUUGGUCUUAAGAUAUCUGACAGCUUGCUGAUCCUGCUGUCAGCACAGUCGCAGAAUGCAGUCCAGAGCCGUGCUAUCGUCAGUCGUCAAGGGCAGAGAAGGGAACCCGCAGAAAAGGGCCAUGUUCGCACCGCGUGCCCCUUGGGCGCAAAGCUCUGCCGAGUCUGUGGGCGCUCGAAUUUCAGGGCAAUGGAUCUCCAACGUCCAAUUGCUGGGAGCUGUUUCGCGCCUGCAAAACGUGACAUGGCCGUUGCGAAAGGUGAGUGGUUGGAGGACGCAGGGACUGUGCACCGAAGUACAUUCGCGCUAGGCGAAUUAAGCUCAAAAGCUGAGCGGGUAAGCACGCAUCCCGCCAAUCGUGAUCCGCAGGUGCUCUGA